CCGAAUCGCAUUCUAGAUAACUACCACAACUUCACUUCCUCUCUUUCUCUCUACCCAUAACCCUCCAGAACGAACAUACAAAACAAACAAAAUGGUCUGCUCAAAAUGCCAGAAAAAGCUCAAAUCUACCGAACUUGCGACUCCCGGCGUAAAACGCAAGAACGAAAUGUACUAUGGCUCGCCCGCGACAAGUGGCAGUUCUAAAUCGACGUUGGGGAGUACGGGUGUUUCGAAGAAUAAAUUGUUGAGCUCCAAGGCGAAGAAUCCGUAUGCUGCUUAUUCGUCUUCGUGUGAAUCGUGCAAGACGAAGACGGAGCAGGGGAAGAAGUUUUGUCAGCGGUGUGCUUACCAGAAGAAUUCCUGUCCGAUGUGCGGAAAGAGUUUGGCCGCAAAGUCUUCCAAAGAACAGCCGAUUGUUCAAGGGCAAAAAUUCAACUUGAAGUGAUGCGCCUACCAUUUACUUGUUU